CCCUUGCCUGCUAAUUCAGGCCGCCAUGAAGCAAGCUUACGCAGGACUUGGGAUCCGGCGGGCCCAACCCCACUUGAGCUUCGUGAGCCACUUGACGUUGCUGCCGUCAUAUUCCCAGGUCACUUCGGCUCGACCGGGCACAGUCAUAUCACAGUUCGCACGAGGACUCUGUCAGGCCGGCCAGACAGACCACCGCAACUAAGUGUACCGACAAAUAUAAGAGGCUCCCCUUCUUCCAAAGCGCCCAGCUACCAUACCUUACAAGAUGGGCGCCGGCGACUACCUGACCAAGCUCGAUGAGAGCCUUAGUGCGCUCGGCAGCCAGUGGAAUGGCUAUUCGACUGGCAUCGCCACUGCCUUUGUGGUGAUGCUCACCUACUCGGUCAUGUCCCGCGUAGAGCCCGAGAUCCAUCCCAUGCUUCUCGCCCGCCAGGCUCAAGGCUCGGCUGUCCGUCAGGAGGGCCAAUCUCCGAUCUACAGAGCCAACUCGGCACCGCACGGCUAUCCGCUCAACAGCGGACUCAAUGUCAAGACUCCCGGAGCCUCCAAGUGGGCCGCAGGCCGUGAUGGCGACUUGCGCGACAUCUGGAGGAAUGCCAUCUCGGGCGACGCCGGCGCCAUCCUGACCGUCCUUGGCCGGGAGAAAGUCCUGGAUCACAAGCUAUCCGAAAUCACCCGCCAGAUCAAUCUCGUCGGCCAGCACAUCGCAUCCCAAGGCGGCAAGAAGGUUGCCAUUUAUCUUCCCAAUUCCGUCGAGUUGUUGGCAGCGCUCUUUGCGUGCAGCUUCCACGGUCUCACUGCCGUCCUCAUCCCGUUCAACGUGUCUGAUGCCGAGCUUGUGUCCAUGCUCCGCCGCUCUGAGGCCGAUGCUGUCGUUACCGCAACCGGCUCUUUCCCCUUCGACAGUGUCGUUAAGAGCUACCCCGGCCUUCGACAGCUGAUCUGGGUUGUGGAUGAGGGAAGCAAGCACAUGGACUGGAACGAGGUGCCGCAGGGCACUGGAAGCAGGGUCAACGUCUCUACGUGGCAGGACAUUCUCAAUGACAACCCAGUCGCGGCCGGGCUGGAAUUGCCUGCUGCCGAAGGCCAAUCUCCUGCGAAAGAGGUGAUCAUGUUCACCAAGAAGGGCGGUGACCUUGAAGAGAUGGUUUCAUUCACACAGGGCAACCUUGUCUCUGCCGUAUCUGCCCAGCUCACCGCCGUCCCCUCAAAGUACAAGCUGUCACAAGCAGAUCUCUUCCUGCCGGCGUCGUCGCUGGUUUCGCCUUUCACCCUCGUCAUGACCCUAGCAGCUCUGCACGCAAAUGCGUCGGUCGCACUGAACUCUGUCGCAGGCGCGACACCAGAUCUGGAGCUCGCCACCGCGGGUGUGGCACCGACUGUCAUCGUGACCGAGCCCGAAGCCAUCUUAAAGAGCCAUGAACAGGUCAACGGAAAGCUUACUUCCUACAUCGCGAAGGCUUCUCACUACGUCCAAACACGGAGCCUUGUGCAGAACGGAGCCAUGCCCGCAGCUUCGUUCCUAGCCAGCUACAAUGACAGCAUUCGGCCGGUCUUUGGUACGACCCCUGGUAAAUUGCGCCUUCUCUAUGUCGCCGACACCGUUGGGACGCAAUCUUCGAGACUCUCUGAGGCCGCGUUGUCCAACUUGCGCGUUUUCACUGGAUCGCGAGUUAUACAUGCCCUGGCAGCACCGCAAGUUGCAGGCGCGGUCGCACAGACUCAGUUCCACGACUACAGAGUUCAGGGAGAUGGUAGUGGUACGCACUAUGGCGCACCAUUAAGCAGCGUGGAGGUUUACUUGAAAGACAGCGGCAGCCACAAGAUCACGGACACGGACUACACGGGCGAAGUUGUGGUUAGAGGCCCUGCUGUAUCUGGAGGCGAGGCCUCCAUUGGUAUUAUUGGCAAUAUCCGUCAAGACAACACGCUUGGGCGUGUCUGAAAUGUCGGCAUCAUCGUCGAAGCUGACUGUAUAUAGCACUCAAGCGCAGGCGGGGAGACCUAAAGAAGUCUUCCAAUGGAUACCCGAGAUAUGUGAAAUGUGUUAGGAUCAACAGGCGUAAGAUCAACCUUUAAUUGUUGAUUUGAUCUGCUAGUCGCUUUAAAAGUGUUGAAGAACCCCAGCUCUCUAGGGGACUUUCUGGAGGACCCUGACAACGUCAUCCGUCCUCUAGCCCCACCAUAGCUUCCGCCCCCCUCCAUGGGGA